GACCCUUGACUGUUGACCUUCGGGUGCACUUGACUUCCUUGCCUCUGCCAGUGUGCCUCCAGCACUCCCAAGACAGUUCGCGACAAUUUGCGCGUAAGGUGACGAGUAGCAUGCAGCAGCGCAGUGCCGGCAGCGAGCAAGCCGGUUCUGGCCCGCGCGGCAGUGGCAUUCGCGAAGGCAGUAGCGGCGGAAGCGUUAGUAGCAUCAGUGGCGGAGGCAGUAGCGGUAGCCGCGUCAGUGGCGAACGUGCUGAUUUCCCGCCUGCUUGUGCCACAGUGCUGUGUGCCGUGUGCACGGCAAUGCUGCUACUGCUGACGGCUACUGCCGCCGGCGUCCUGCACGCCCGGGGCUACCAGCGCCGGCAUUGGUCUUCGCCAUGGGGCCGCAGCGGCGGGACUGCCAGCAGCUCUGUCGGUGGUGGGUCUGCAAACAUUUGGGAAUGGGUGGCGGCGCCGCCGGCGACGGGAGAGGGCGGCACCGGCACGGGCUUCAGGCGGGCGCCGCCACGUGGCGCCGUGGUCACGCAGCAGCAACUGGACCAGCGGCGGCAGCAUGAGGCGACGGCGGUGGCCGCAGGCGAGGAGCAGGAGCAAGGGCAACACCUAGUCCGGCAAUCACCUGGGCGACGGGAGCAGGCACCGCCGCCGAUGCCUGCAUUGCUGCCGGCCUGGGCUGGGGUGCCGCUGGCGGCAUCGCGACAGGACGCAGCGGCGGCUGUUCGCGGCCGGGCGGAGCAGCUCCUGCAGCUGGCCGCCACCUCGCCCGCACACCACGCCGCCGCGGCGGCAGCGCUGACGGCGGCGCUGGCGCUGCUGCCGCCGGCCGCGCCACGCAGUGCUGCGGCGUUGCUUCAGGACCUGCACGCGAGAGACCGCGACUUGCUGCGGAGCACAGCUCGUGACCGCCCCGGCGCCAGCGGCGAUGGCGACAACGGUGGCGGCGGCGUCCAUGGCGCCGGCAGCGGCAACGGCGGCGGCGGCGGUCUGGAGGGCGAGCCUCUGGCGGCGGCGCUGCUGCCUGACGCGUUGCAACUGGUGACGGCGAUGCGGGCGCAGGGCCCCAGUGUGCUGUGCCCACACGACCCCACGCUGCCGGUGGCCAACGAGCCUUGGUGGCGGCGGCCGCCAUUGGGGCCCGCGCUGGAGGCCUUGGGACAGCGGCAGCAGCCACAGCAGUUGAAGCCGCAGCCGCAUCAACCAGAUGGCGGGAUGUACGCGCAAGGAAAUAUCACAGGCGCCGGUGGUGGAAACGAAGCCGGCGUAGCCUUUGGCCCCGCCUCCGCCGCCUCCCGCUGGCCGCGGGUGCUGGUGGCGGCAAACCUGAGGCAGGCGGAGCUGCUACUGCCGUUCUGGUCGCUGGAGUUGCUGCGGGCUGUAGCAAUGAUGUCGCACGGCGCUGCCGCCUCCAGCACCCGCAGCGUGGACGGCGCCGGAAACAGCACCGCCAGCAGCGACGCACCCGCACCCGCACCCACAAUCACAUCCACAUCAUCAACCGCUACCGCCGCGUUCCAGGGCACGUCAGCAGCCAGCCUUGCUCCGCCACAGCAGCCAUUGCAGCCGCCGCAGCCGCCAGUUGCCGUGUCCAUCUAUGAGUCAGGCAGCAGCGACGCCACGCCCGAGUGGCUUAUGGCGCUGGCGGCGCUGCUGGACGUGCUGGGCGUGCCCAACGCGGUGGUGACCCGAGGAGCGCUGCGGCGGGCGCCGCGGCAGCACCGCAUUGAGUUCCUGGCGUCGGUGCGCAACCAGGUCCUGGACCAGGCGCUACUGGACGGCGGGCUCAGGGUCCUGCACCACAACGGCGCCGCCCGGCACAGCAACACCACCAGCAGCAACACCAGCCGCCCCAGUGCCAGCAGCAGCAAUGACAACGCCGCCCGCAACAGCAGCUCUCAGCAGCAGCUCGGUCCCCCCUCAUCUGCCGAUUCCUCCUCCUCCUCACCGACUAACCACUCUGCUGCUGCCGGCCACUCCGCUGCCGGCCGCCAGCCGCCUUCGCCGCGUUAUAGGCACCUGGCGGGCGCCGCCGCCUUCCGACCUGAUCGGCUGCUCUUCCUGAACGACGUAUACGUCUGCGCCCCCCACCUGCUGCGACUGCUGCAGCUCGGACACGGCCUGGGUGCUGAUCUGACCUGUGGCCUGGACUUUGACCGCGUGGGUGACCGCCGCCGCCAACGCAGCCGCAGCAGUCGCAGCAGCAGUAGCCGCAGGGCUGGCUACAGCCGCCGCGUGCUGCUGCGGGAGGAUGGCAGCAACAGGGAGGGAAACGAGGAGGCGGCCUUGGGGGAGGGGAAUGUUGAGGAGCUGAUGGCGGCGGCGGCAACCGGCGGCGUCAAUGAGACGGCGCGGUCGGUGGUUGAGGCGGCAGUGGAGCUGGGGGCGGCAGUGGCGGCGGGGGCGGAGGCGCUGGUGGAUGUGCUGUCGGCGCAGCGCAUGGCGGCGGCGGGGCACCGCUGGGACGGCAAGCGGCCGUACGAGUUCUAUGACAUAUGGGUGGCGCGCGACGUGACCGGCAGGAGGUUUGACAAGCGGCCGCCCAUCGCCCCCCACCACGGCCCCUCCGCGUUGCGUCUGGCCCUGGGGCUGCCCACUGCCGCCUUCUGCUGCUGGAACGGAGCCGCAGUGCUCAACGCCGCGCCCUUCCUGCCGCCGCCGCCACGGCCGCCGCCAACGUCGCCACCGCUGGCAGUAGCUGCUGUAACGGCCGCGGCGGUGGCGGCGGCGGCGGCGGAGGCACAACCUAAAGCCAGCGCCCCAGGCAUGACAGCUGGCGCCGCGGGUGGCAGCACCACAUCCUUCUUGCCUUCCACGAACACCACCAGCGCCGCCACCAACACCACACAAAACACUACCGGCGGCAGCGGCAUUAAUGCACUUGGUGCCGACGAGGCUGCCGCUGCCGCUGCCGCUGCCGCUGCUGACGAGGCGCUCUACCCGCAGCUGCGCUUCCGGCGGUCUCGCAGUGGUGGUGGUGCUGGUGGUGGUGCGGCAGGGGGCGAGUGCGACGCCAGCGAGUGCAGCCUGCUGUGCCACGACCUGCACCGCCUGGGACACAGCCGCGUGGUGGUGGAUCCAGGGGUCAGGCUGUCGUAUGUGCCUUACCACGACACGGGGCUGCACGAGGACUGGUUCCACGGCGCGCCCAUGCUCACCUGGGCGCAGCUGGCGCAGCAGCAGCAGCCGGCAGCCGCCGAUGACGCGGCAGCCGCACCGCCGGUGCGGCCUCGCACGCUGCAGCAGGUGACGCAGCUCAAGCUGGACCUGGGCGGGCUGUGGUGGCAGGCGGCGCGGGCCGGCCUCACCCCGCCCGACAUAGACGCAGCGCUGGCGGCGGGUCCGCGGGCAGCCGUUGGCUGCCCGCCCCUUCCAGCACACAACAGCACCGUCAGUCCCCGCACCACCGGCAACAUGACGGCUGCUGCGGCUGCCGUGACCGCCGCCAUCAGCAGCACCAGCGCGUGGGCGGCGCCGCCUCCGCAGCCGCCGCUGUCGACACUGCGCAGCUGUCUGGAGGGCGAGUGGGCCGCACUGGCACGCCGGGUGGCCACGCCACCGCCCUCGACCUCCUCACCGCCACCGCAGCCGCCAACUCCGCCGGCAAAGGCGCAGCAGCUGCAGCUGCAGCCACUGCAGCAGCCGCUCGCUGUGGCCGUGGCCCUCGCAGAGCUACUCGCAACCUCUGCCGGCAUUACCAGCUCUGCAGGCGGCGGCGGCGGAGCAAGCGGCGGCAGCGCGAAGUCACCGGCACCUUCACAUGCAGCAAACGGCGCGAGCAGCAGCAGUGCGCCGGGGCCCGCGCCGGCCCGGGCGCCCGUGGUGCUGGUGCGGACGCUGGGCCCGGCGGUGGGUGGCGGCUGGUUGCCUCCCAGCCCGCACAUGCAGUACGAGUGUAUCAACCUGGUGCCCUCUGCGGACGUGGCCGACUUCCCCGGCGCGACCCUCCGCGACCUGGCAUGGCCCAACCACACGGCCGCCUACCUGGAGGAGAGGCGGGCGGAGCAGCGGCGGCGGAACGCCAAGGAUGGCAGCGCUGCCACCCACAACUAGCACCGGGUGAUGUAGAGAGGCUCAGAGGCUCAGAGGCACGGACCUUGCUUGCACGUUUCAUGUCUGUGUGAUAAUGUACGGACACAUGGCAUGAACUCGCAUCGUGUAGCGCCUCGAGUGCGGGGACAUGUGGGGAUGGACCGCGCACGCAAUGGCGUAAUGGAAGGUGCUGCGUGAGGGGUGGUGUUUGCUCAUGUGGUUCACUAGCCCGAUACGUUGGUUUCUUGCUACCGUCAGUGAUUACUGCGUUUGUUUAGCAAAUUUCUUCCAUCGGGACAGCUGCCCCGUGUCGAUGCCGUUAGGUCGGUCGCCUCAUUCACCUGAAUACGGUACUGCCGAAAUCCCCCUAGCUACGUGUUCUCCCCCUAUCUCCUGGCUGCCCACGCUUUGUCUCCGGUACGUGCCUGGCAGAAGGCUGCGGCAGGCGCUGAUGCCAAAGCAAGGUUACGUGAGGAAAAGCUAGUGAAAGGAUUUGAUGACCAGCCGAAGAUGAACUCGAAUCUUCCGUGUGCUUUUGAGAUGGUUCUGCGGACAGGACGAAGGGGAGACAGGACGCAGCGUCGCUUGACGACAUCUCACGCGGGGACUGAGUGGUACUGGCUACGCAUGGCGAUGCAAAAGGCAGCCGCCGUCAAGGGGGGCGCUAAGAACGUGAAGAGCGGUACGGCCCAUGGUAGUCAUAGCCUGUGGCAGGCUGUGGCUCUAGCCUGCUCUAGCUGCAUAAGCUCC